AUGGGGUUGUCGGGCGGCUUGAGGUCUGAGGAAGCCAAUAACGCAGCCUGGGAGGGCGGAAAGGGAGCGGUUGCAGGUGCGGCCAAGUGGGGUCUCAGCUGUGCAGCGCUAGGGGGAGUUGGAUACUGUAUAUCCCCAAUUUAUCGCGGUUUAACUAUCCAAUUCAAGGUGUUCCUCCAGAUGUCAGGAAUGAUUUUGGGAGCCUGUUUGGAAGCAGAUCAUAGGAUUCGGGAGUACGAGGUUAAAGUACGGAUGUACAAACGCUUGGUGCGAGAUCAGGCGGUAUGGGACGGAUAUGAAGAAGAUUACAGAGUGACAGAUGACCAAAAAAGAAAAUAA